AAGUUUUCUUCCUCAAUUCGAAAUUUUUACUUGACUGUAGCAUGAAUUCCCAUCCGUGUCUCCAUUAGUGUGCUGAAGAAGUCAAGUUUCCCCUCAAUCUACAUAUUCUACUCUGCCUUCUAAAUUUCAGGUAAUUUUUCAUUUCUUCGAGCUCUUGACGAAACACGAAGGAGAAGUACGGUUGAAGGUCGAAUGGUUCGUGCGGAUAACAAAUAUUACAUGCAUAUUUGUCCUAUUCCCAUUAUCAAUUCUUUAAUUUGCUCAAAUUGAACGGUAAAGAUUGGAACUUUGGUUGAUUAUGGUGUUCAAACUCUAUUGAAUUUCUUCAGGCGGUGGCUCCAAGUUGUAGUGUUGAUUUAGGUGAGAAAUUCUGUCGUAUGAGGUUGUUGUACCUUGUGGAGCGAGUAUGGUACACGUGAUAAAGAACUUUCCUACUUUAGCAGUUUCUUUAGAUGGAAAUGAGAAGAGCAAUCGAUUGUUCUGUUCAAGAGCUCUUUAUAGUGGAAAAGUUAAGGGGUGUCUUGGUUUUACUAGUUCUAGAUUGGUUAAUGCUUUUGAGCGAUGCAGUUUGUUUGGAAUUGAACAGAUUAAGUUGUCAACUGUUUUAUUUAACAUCAAGGAAGUGAAUAACCUGUGUAACAUAGCUCUGAAUGUCGCUUGUGAAAUAGAACCUAUGUGUGGUGAAGAGACUGAGGGUUCUGAUAUUGAAAAAGAUAAUUCAGCCAAAGAUCAAUGUAGCCUAGAAUUGUUUGGUAAGGACUGUUUGAUGAAUUCGUAUACUGAAAGAUAUGAUACAAACCAACCUUCAGGUUCUCUUGAAGAAACUAAAAGUUCAGUUGACAACGGGAUUCUAUACCUAGAAGAAAUGGAUGAGAAGGUAUUGUCAGAAAGGAUCUUGAAGCUCAGCAGGCUAAAUAAACAUAAAAGUGCAUUGGUGAUAUACAAGUCGAUGAUUUUUUCAGGUCUUAAACCUGAUUUACAUGCAUGUAAUUCCCUUCUUUCAAGUCUCUUGAGGAAUGGAAUGCUUGAUAAUGCAUUAAAAGUAUUCAACUCCAUGAAGGCUAGUGGGCUGACAACCGGCCACACUUAUAGCUUAAUUCUGAAGGCAGUUGCUGAUGCUCGGGGUUAUGACAGAGCAAUAAACAUGUUCCGUGAAUUGAUAAGCAGUAGAAAUCUUAGAGAACAAAUUGAUAUUAUUGUAUACAACACAAUGAUAUCCAUCUUUGCAAAAGCAAACAACUGGGAUCAGGCACAGAAGAUUUGGAAAAUUUUGCAGUAUGAUGGUCAAGUUGGAACAACAGUCACUUACCGUCUGUUAAUUUGCACAUUUGUUCGUUGUGGUCAGAAUGAACUAGCUAUUGAUGCAUAUAAUGAGAUGAUUCAUAAUGGGUUAAGCCCAGAAAGUGAUACGAUGCAUGCUAUUAUUGGAGCAUACAGUAGGGAGGGUAAGUAUGACUCUGCAUUGAAUAUCUUGCAAUGUAUGUUGGACAGUGAGCUUAAGCCAAAUGCGAGAGCAUGCAACAUAGUGAUCAACUCACUUGGAAAAGCUGGCAAAGUCAAGCUUGCAUUUGAGAUUUAUGAUCUGAUGAAAUCAUUAGGUCAUGCACCUGAUGUAUACACAUGGAAUUCCUUGCUUAAUGCCUUAAACAGGGCAAAUCGAUAUUGUGAUGCAAUUCAGCUCUUUGAGAGAAUAAGAAAUAUCCAAAGUGUUAUUUUGAAUGAGCAUAUAUACAAUACUGUUUUGACAUCAUGCCACAGACUUGGGUUGUGGGAGAAAGCUGUACAGGUACUGUGGCAGAUGGAGGCUUCUGAACUCCCAGUUUCAACUGCAUCCUAUAAUCAAGUCAUUGGAGCUUGCGAGGUAGCCAGAAGACCCAAGGUUGCAUUACAAGUGUAUUACCGCAUGGUUCGCCAAAACCGUUCUCCUGACAUAUUUACUCUAUUGUCAUUGAUGAGGGUAUGCAUUUGGGGUUCUCUCUAUAAUGAAGCGGUGGAAAUACUAAAAUUUUCUGAACCAAAUGGAUCACUUUACAAUGCUGCUAUUCAAGGGAUGUGUUUAACAGGAAGGCUUGAUUUGGCUAAGAAGCUGUACACAGAAAUGCGUGAGAGAAGCCUUCAACCUGAUGGCAAGACACGGGCUAUGAUGUUGCAAAACUUACCAAAAGAUUCCAGGAGAAAUAGAAAACGUUAACCUGAAGGCCAAUUAGAGUCAAUGGGUGCACAUGUGCUUGUAGCUGUGUUGAUAGUCACGUACAAGACUAAGAAGACUCACUGAGGUGCAGCUACUCUAAUGAACAGUUUUUUCAGUAUAUAUGAAAUUAUGCUAAUCACAGCCUGGACAGUGAUUAACUAGUGGAGGACAAGAUCCAGUUGGGUUUGCGGAGUCACUUGGCAAAGCAUUCAGAUUCAACAAAUAUAUAGCAUGGCCAUUGGUCUUUGCCCUCCAUGCAAGCACACCGAAAGCCGCCAUUAAGCUUUGAGGAAACACACGUCUUCAAGCAUAUCAUACAUCCAUAGAAAACAUUUUUACGUAAAAACUUUGCACUCUGAUGUAAUAAUAAAUCAUUCUAUCGUCAUGAUAGUCUAUUGUGUUGUGUGUAAUAAUAGAUCAUUCUAUUGUGUCAUGUGGGUGGCAGAGCGUA